AUGGCUGCCCAUCAUCAGGCUGCUCCCCCGGAGCUGGUGGGAGGAACGGCUCGAGUGAGUGUGCCGAAAGCCGGCCGUCCGGUGGACGCGGGUCGAGACUUGGAUUGGACUAGACUGACGACGAACAACGCCAGCCUCAUGCUGCCCGACAUGUCGUACCGCACCGGCUUCCGUAUGUUUCGCCGCCACGGCGAGGCCUUCCUCGUCGUCUCGCCCCAAUCGCUGCUCCUCCACGUCGCCAACGCCGAGCUCAUCAAGCACAUGGCCACGCAUAGGGAGCAGUUCCCCAAGUGGACCGCCAGCUACAGCAUCCUCCGUCAGUUUGGCGAAAACAUCGUCACCUGCGAGGGCCAGACCUGGCGGACCCACCGCAAGGUGACGUCGCCGACGUUCAACGAGCGUAACUCGGCCCUCGUCUUUCGCGAAGCCAUCAUCCAGACGCAGGGCAUGAUACGGACCUGGGUCGGACCGUCGGGUCCCACGAAGGAGACGCUGCGUACGCUCGAGAAAGACACGAUGAGGCUCGCCCUCAACAUCAUCGGCUACGUAGGCUUCGGCAUGCGCCUCCUCUGGCCCGGCCAGACGCUACCGCCGACGGCGGACCCCGGCCUGCUCAAGUACGGCUCGCUCGACGCGCCCGCCGGCCACAGCCUGAGCUUUGUCGACACCAUGUCGAGCGUCAUGGAGAACCUCCUCCUCCUCCUCGUCCUCCCUCACUGGCUGCUCGGCAUCCUCCCCUGGCCGAGGGCCAAGGAAUCCGUCGUCGCCUACGCCGACUACAUCAAGUACAUGGACGAGCUGAUGGAGGACAAGCUCGAGGAGGCCCGGGCGGGGUCCCACGCCGAGGGCAUGGACCUCAUGGGCCAGCUCGUCCGGACCACGUACGCCGCCCGAGAGGCCUCGUCGGCCAAGGGGGCCGUGCCCGUCCUCGGACGGCAGGAGAUCAUCGGCAACGCCUUUGUCAUGUUCGUCGCCGGCCACGAGACGACGGCCAACACGCUGCACUUUGCCAUGGUCGAGCUGGCGACGAACCCGUCGAUGCAGCGCAGGGUGCAGAAGGACAUUGACGAGCUGCUCGGCGACGCCGAACCGGACAGCUGGGACUACGACGACCUCGUGAACCCCAUGACGGCGAGCAUGGUCGGCGCCUGCAUGUACGAGACGCUGCGCAUCCUGCCUCCCGUCUGCGAGCUGCCCAAGAAGGUGUCGCCGCUCCGGGACGAGGCCGUGAGCGUCGACGGCCGCAGCUACGUGGUGCCCAAGGACACGUCCAUCUCCAUGUCGGCCACGUCGGUCCACCUCAACCCGCGAUACUGGCCGCACGGCACGAGCACGAUACACGCCGACGAACGCGACGACCUUCGCGACUUCAAGCCCGAGCGGUGGUUCCGCCCGUCCGUGGCGGCCUCGAACGCCGGCGGCAGGGACGACGUGGCCGUCGCCGAGGCCGAGUGGGAGCAGUACGGGGGCUACACGGGGCCCGACACCAACGCCCAACUCUUCCGACCGGAACGCGGAGCCUACAUCCCCUUCAGCGACGGCGCGCGCUCCUGCCUCGGUCGGCGCAUCGCCCAGGUCGAGAUCAUCGCCGCCCUCGCCGUCCUGUUCCAAAAGUACAGCCUCGAGCUCGCCGUCGACGAGUGGGCGACCGAGGCCGAGGUCGAAGGCAUGAGCCGCACCGCGCUGGCCGCCGUCUACAGGCAGGCCCAGGACAAGAGCCGGGCCGUCAUCUCGCAGGCGUCGAGCAUCAUCACCCUCAAGCUCCACGGUGAGCUGCACGUGCCCGUGCGAGUGGUGAAGCGAGGAGAGGAGAGGUUUGUGAGCUGGAUGGACGACGACGGCUCGCGCGCCCCGACUGCUUGA